GAUGCGCCUAUUGGAUCCCAACGGGGUUGACCUGCGUGCACAAAAUCGCUUGAGACGACGCUUAUAUGUCAGUCGGGGACCAAACUAUGUCUGGCACAUCGAUGGGUAUGACAAAUUAAAGCCUUAUGGGAUAUGUAUUAAUGGAUGCAUAGAUGGCUUUUCGAGGAAAAUGAUCUGGCUAGAAGCUAAUAAGACUAAUAGUGACCCUCACAUUAUUGCUGGCUAUUUCAUUGAUGCUGUGAUGGAGUAUAAUGGAUUUCCACAAAAGAUACGAAUGGAUCAUGGCACAGAGAACACUUAUGUGGCAGCGAUGCAAAGAUUUCUGCACAACACCGAGAAUGAAAAUGGUUUUGAAUCUGUUAUUCUCGGUCCGAGUACAAGAAAUCAAAGGAUAGAGCGAUGGUGGUGCACUUUAAGAAGUGAAUGUGCCCAGUUUUGGAUGGACCAUUUCGACCAGCUGAAAGCCGAUGGCUAUUUUGUUGACAGCUUUCUGGACAAAUCACUGAUCCAGUUUUGCUUCCUACAAACAAUACAGGUGGAGCUGGAUCAAGUUGUCCAUACAUGGAAUGACCAUCGUAUACGAUCUACAAAUAAUCCUCGGGCUCCUCCUGGUCGUCCCACAUUAAUGCAUGGUGUUCCCAACCUGUAUGGGGUUCCAAACUUUUUACAGUCUGCUAAUCUAACAAAGCUGGAAAUAUGUAUAGAAGAAUGUCGUUUCAAGGACUUUCCCUGUGAUGUUGAUGUAUUUCACUUAUGCACUGAACUCAUGACUGAGCACAGACUGGUAAUGACAGAUGAUGUGUAUGAAAUUACUAAUCUUUAUGUAAGACUCCGUCAAAUGAUCAGUGACGGGCUGAGGGAAUAGUUUCUCUAAGUU